AUGUUUUUGGCGCUCGGUGCUGUAGUGGCGUUCAUCGCUGUGUACCAAUAUCUUGGAUUGUUAUUCACAGCUGUAGUGUUUAUUACUUCUGGAUUGUUGUACCUGUUGAUAUUCCAUACGAGAUGGUGCUAUGUCGCCCUGAAAACUGCGCCGAGAGAUGUAAGAGCUCUCUGUUGUUAUGUAAAAGUAUUACUUAUAGCUUGGAAGUGCAGUAGACAAAAUGCAACAGUACCUGAUAUAUUUCAUGAAGUUGUACAGAGAAAUCCGAAUAAAAAAUGCUUUUUAUUCCAAGAAGAAGAGUGGACUUUUAAGGAGGUAGAAGAUUACAGUCUGCGCGUGACAGCAGUUUUAAAGAACCAAGGCAUCAAGAAGGGCAAUAUAGUCGGUCUGUUGACUAACAAUUGUCCCCAAAUGCCUGCAAUAUGGUUGGGUGCAACACGUUUGGGCGCAGUUUGCCCACUCAUAAAUAUAAACCAGCGAGGCAAUGCUUUAAUACAUUCAAUUAACGUGGCUAAAUGCGAUGCCCUCAUAUUUUCCGAUGAAUACCUGUCAGCCAUCCAUGAUGUGUCCAGCCAGUUAGAUCCAAAAUUAAAACUUUACAAAUUUUCCCACCGUCCAUUAAAGUCGCCUAAAUCUGAGAAGGCCAGUGGUGAUGGUAUUCCUGACUUUAUCGACCUUCUGGAGGUCACCCCACCUGCCCCAUGGACCAAGGCGGACGGCUUCGGCUUUCAGGGAAAACUUCUAUACAUAUACACUUCUGGAACAACUGGAUUGCCGAAAGCAGCGGUUAUAACUACUUCUAGGUUCAUAUUCAUGGUAGCAGGUCUUCAUCACAUGCGUCUUAAUUCAUCUGAUGUGGUCUAUUGCUCUUUGCCACUGUAUCACACGGCUGGAGGCGUUGUUAGCGUUGGGCAGGCGCUGGUCUUUGGUUGCACAGUUAUAUUGAAACCGAAAUUCUCAGCAUCGCAGUUUUUCCCUGACUGCGCUAAGUAUAAAGCAACGGCAGCUCAUUACAUUGGAGAGAUGUGCCGGUACAUACUAGCCACGCCCCCGUCGCCGGUGGACAAACAGCAUAACGUACGGGUUAUCUUCGGGAAUGGGCUUAGACCUCAGAUUUGGACAGAGUUCGUAACGCGUUUUAAUAUCAAAUACGUGACCGAAUUUUAUGGAGCAACUGAAGGAAAUGCUAAUAUUGCAAAUACUGAUGGUACCCCGGGAGCAAUUGGCUUCCUAUCUCGUAUCUUUCCGAGCGUAUAUCCCAUCGCCAUAAUAAAAGUUGAUCAAGAAACUGGUGAACCAGUCAGGGACUCGCAAGGGUUGUGUCAGAUGGCGGGUCCGGAUGAGCCGGGCGUUUUCAUUGGAAAGAUAUCGGCAAAUAACCCGUCUCGGGAGUACCACGGUUACGUUGAUAAGGCGGCCUCAGAUAAGAAGGUUGUGAAGGAUGUCUUUGUGAAAGGAGAUUCCGCUUUUAUAUCGGGUGAUAUUUUAGUAGCUGACGAAUUCGGUUAUCUUUACUUCCGGGAUCGCACAGGCGACACCUUCCGGUGGCGAGGUGAAAACGUCAGUACCAGCGAAGUGGAGGCAGCAAUUUCAAGGGUUGCUAGCCAUAGAGAUGCAGUUGUUUAUGGUGUACUGGUUCCUAACACAGAGGGCAGAGCUGGUAUGUGCGGUAUAGUAGAUCCUGACGGAAGUCUAGAUUUAGAGCAACUAGCCCGUGACCUAGCUCGGGAUUUGCCUCCCUACGCCAGACCUAUCUUUGUGAGAGUCAUGUCUAGUAUGGAUAUGACCGGAACAUUCAAAAUGAAGAAGACAGAUCUACAAAAAGAAGGUUUCGAUCCAAGUUUAACGAAAGGUGACAAAGUCUAUUAUCUGGAUAUGAAACAGAAUAAAUACAUUCCUUUAGGACCUCAAGAGUAUGAAUGUAUAAACAACGGAAAGAUUCGAUUGUGA